AUGGGGGCGCGGAUCACAGGCUUAAGUAGUCACCGUUCUCGGGCCUCCAGGGUGCGGCAGCAUGUCCACUGUGAUUCCUGCUACAGUCGGCGCUGCAGGGCUCGGGUGGAGGUCUCUGUGUGCUGUGCCGUCAUCCCCUGCCGUCUGCUCUGUGGUGCCGUCUUCCACCUGUGCAAAGAGGAGGAUCACCUGCUGCUCUGCCCCAAUGUGAGGGUGCCCUGCCUCAACGCUGAGUUCGGCUGCACGGUCCAGCUGCCCCGAUCCUCUCGGGCCGCUCACCUCCAGGUGUGUCCGGCCAGCGUGGUGAGCUGCUCCAUGGAGUGGCUUCGCUGGCUGAACGACGACACGAACCCACACAACUUCAGAGCCCUGCAGGAUAAUGUGAUGGAGGAAAGAGAGGCUCAGGGGGAGCCUCUGGACCUCGCCAUGGCUCUGGUGGAUCAAUCAGAACUGUACAGCCGCCUGAAGAUGAAGCCCCUCUACCCAGAGCUGACGGAGGCUGAGGAGGAGGAAGUAAAGGAUGAGCAGAAAGAGGAGGUGGCAGUUGGAGGGGUUGUCAACUUUCGUUCUUCUAAUCUCUUCCGAUUUCUGUACUUCUGUCCUGUAGAUCUCCCUGCAAACAGCUUGUGUGAGAACAGUGUUGAAGAAAAGGCUUCACAGAACACUGCAGGAUCAGGUUCAGGCCUAAGCAAAGAGAACUUCAACAUGUGUGAGCUGAUGUUCAGCAUGGAGAAACGUGCCUGUGCUGUCGCUGAGGAGAACUUAAACAAUCCCAAACAAAACACAAAACCCGGAGAGAAGGCGAAGACAGCUGGAGAUAGAAAGGAGGCUCAGAAGCAGGACAAAGCAUGUGCAGAAAACAAAGCCACAGAGGGAGACGCUGCGACCCAGAACUUCCCUCCACCGGACACGAGUAAGACCGGACAUGCCCCGUGGCAGGAAGGUGUGCUGGAGCGUCUGAGGGACGAGCUCACCCCACACGAGUACAACAUGUAUGUGGUGCAUCAUGGCCGCAUGCUGGUCGCCUUUGGGCAAGUGGAGGCUUGUACGCCGAGGGAGAAGGACUUUGUCUACGGCAGCCUGGAGCCAAUUCCAGUCCAGACGCUGCGCUCUUUCAAGGUCCCUGUGAGCUAUCACUACAGGCGGCGGGUUCAUUUGUACGAUACAGCUUCCAGAGCUCAAAGUGAAACCCGUAGUGUGGACACAUCAGACCUCGAAGCAAAUGAAGAAAAUGUGUUUGCCGAUGAAGCGGCAGCCACCCUGCUGGGCUACGCUGAGCAGGAGGUCAUGGGUCACAAGAUCAGCGAGUCAAAGGCAGCAGAUGGGCUCUAUGUGGACAUUGGAACGCAGACACAUUCAUUCCGCUCGGCUCCGUUUAAAGCGAAGACGACUCUGUCAGACGUGAUGGUUGACAGACCGCUGGAGCUCAAUUUGCAGCUGCAGGCAGAGAGCGUCAACAGCAGACACAACAGAGCCAGCAGCGUCUUCACCUUCAUCUGCGGUCACACCUUCCACCGCAGAGAGUUCGCCACACAUUUCAGGAAUGUGCACAGUGACAUUCAGACGUGUCUGAGUGGAUGGUUCGAGCAGAGAUGUCCUUUAGCGUAUCUGGGAUGCACCUACAGCCAGAGGAGGUUUCAUCCAUCCACACAUAAAGCCACCGUCACCUACAAUAAGCAGCUGAGGAGUUUCAACCUGCGUCCAACCCUUCCAGGCUCCUCCAAAGCUCAGAGGGAGACAGGAGGUCCAGCUGGAGGUGGUGAGGACUCUCUGAGCUCGCUGCCCUAUGAGGUGCUCUGCCACAUGGCCAGCUUCCUGGACAGUCUGUCCCUGUCGCAGCUCGCUCUGGUGUCCCAGCUCAUGAGGCAGGUGUGCUGGUCGCUGCUGCAGGACAGAGGGAUGGUGACCCUCUGCUGGGAGAAGAAGACCUACUCACAUGGAGGAGCCAAGUGGAGGGCCAAGCCAGUUUGGGAGUUUAGUCAUCUCUUCUCUUCAGUGGAUUCGUGGUAUAUGGCCGACAUCCCUCCUAUAUCUGCUCAUCUAAAAGUCUGUCCUUACUAUGAGACCUCUGUGCAAAAUGAGCGGGUUCCCCUCCCGAGCAUGACUGAAAACCAGGGGGGCAGCCAGGAGAGAUCGAGUCUUGUCCAGCACUUCAUGGAAAACAGAUUUAAACAAUGAACUGUCCGACUUAAUGUCAAUAACUUACAACAACUAUGCCUCCUAUCAUAGCACUUUACAGAAUAAAUAAAACCCGUGUGACUGGUGAUCUGUAUGUACAGCUUUGAUUUCUUCACUGCAACAUUUCUGAUAUGAAAAAUAUUUAGUAGGACUUAUGUAUGUGCAUAUCCUGUAUAUUGUAUAAGAUUUGAGUCAAUUCUGUGGAAUUUUCACUAAUGAAGACUUAUUGUCUUAAACAAUAAAUGCACUUGUUCUGCACUGAAUCCAACCCAAAGGUAAAAGUUCUUUAUAUGAGGGGUGUUUAAUGGUGUCUAUUCUGUAGCAGAGAUGCAAUAUGUUGGAAAAAAAAAUACUUGGGUAGAAUUUGAUUUUAAAAUCCAAGCUGUGGUCAAAGUUUUGCUCAGGUUUAACCCUCCUGUUGUUUUCAUUCCCAGGCACUAAAAAUAUUGCUUCCUUGUUUGAAAAAAAAAAUCCAAAAUUCUGCAAAAAAAAUCCUCAAAUUUCUGAAAAUUUGCAAAACCUUCAGGAAGAAAAUUCCAGUAAUUCCUUAAAAGUUUGCCUUAAAAGUUUCACUUUUAAAAAAUUCCCCAAAUUUGACAACAAAAUUCUUGUAAAUACUUUUCAAAAAAUGAGUAAAAAUUUUCCAAAAAAAUAAUAAAAAUAUCUAAAGUG